CCCUAAAACGUACCUUUGCGACAAGGGGGUAAAAAAAAGCAUACGAAUCUUGGAAGCCCAUUGACCGACUAAAGUAUGGCGAGUCUCCGCCGCUUCCUGCAUCGCGAUCCGCCACCUCCAGCGAGCUGGCAACCAGACGAGAGCUUUGCAUCUCGAGCUUCACAUGCGCACCGCGAGCGCGCUGAGACGGCUCCCAGUUCGCAGCUGGAGGUCCCCAAUAAUGAGCAAGGCACUGCCAUUCCCGUACCCAACUCUGCUCGCAUGUCGAGUUUCUCACGCUUCUUCGAGCGAGCGGGUGGUCGCUCGUCCUCAUCUUCGUCGUCAUCUUCGUCGGAUGGCGACGAUCUUGAGGGUGCAGGUGAGAAUUCUAGAUAGAGUUUAAGGAAAUUCUGGAACAAAAGUUAUUAUAACACUAAGCAUUGUCUGUAGGUGGCGCUAUGACGUCAACGAGUUACUUUCGACCACGAACCAUGGACGGAUACACCAGAUAUCUCGAAGCUGCGUUUAUGGAGGGAUAUUUGGAGAAACAGAGCUCAGAAGACCCGAAACUUUGGAAAAAGAGGUGGUUCGUCAUGCAGGAGAGUAAACUCUUCUACUACAAGUCACAGGGAGACGUCAAGGAGCAGAAGCCGACGGACGACACGUGCUGUGGCGUCAUCUCCAUGGAGAACAUCGACUCGGUGACAACAGCGGUACGACUUGGUCUACUGCAUUUUAUAGCAGAGGAAAUGGACUGUAGUAGGGCACCCACGUGCCGGUGCUGUCUCUGUCUCACCCGUCCGCUUCUCCUCCUUGCUAACUUGCACCUGCACCCACUCUCCCAUUCCAUUAUCCAGAAGGACUUUGGUGUUGCUGCCUUCCAGAUCCGCAUGGAAAGUCGGCGGUAUGUCUUACGUGCCGAGUCCAAAGACAUGAUGCACGAAUGGCUAUUUAAUUUCCAGAAAUCAAUCGCGAAUAUCGUUUCAGCCUUGUCACGGACUCAGGCCGUCGCUGCUCCGAACCGGCUUUGCGGUAAUUUAUCUCGAAGACAGAGUAUGCCCCGCGUGAACCGCAGUGUGUCGUUCGAUUAUCAGGACUACAUGGACCAGUUCCAAGUUGCGGCCUCUGUCGAUGAUUUAUAUCGCGGACGUGCAAGUGGGGGAUUUUUCGCGUCGACGAGCUUUUCAGAUGAAUCAACCGGUGGAGAGGGCUCUUCGUCGUCGCGAACGAGUCCUCGGAGGGCUAGUAGUCCGUUGGCGUUUGGUGGCUUUGGACCGCGGAGUCCUCUGAUGUUUGCGUUCGACCCGAUGGAUGAUGUACCGGAGCACCACACUCCUCCUGUAAGGCAGAGCUCGAUUUCCGAGACGAAAGAGGAGAGUAGCGAGCACGAUGGACAAGUACAUUUAGGUGGUCGAUGGGAGGAGAACGAGAACACAGAGACGAGUGCUGAGGCGCCACCAAUAAUUCCCACAGCGUCACCCCCGGUCGCAGUAGGCAAGUACGUCCCUCGAUAUCUACGGAACCGCAGCGCUGCAGAGCCGACCUCACCUCCUCCUCUUCCAGUCGAUUUGUCCCCACCUCAGGAGCCUGCACCCGCUCCUACUGCUGGUCGUUGGGUGCCUCGCCACCAAAGAGAAGGAUUCGCAGAGAUGCAGCCUAUCGAGUCGUUCUCCAUCAACACCCGCGACUCUUUCCAUGAGACAUUUAACGAAGACAGCUCGAGUUACUCGACAGGUGAUGAGGUGCAUGGAGUGACGUCGCUGUUGGGAGUUCGGUCAGCGAUGGAGGAUGUUUGCUGUUGUAUCCCUGACCUCAACGCACAUUUGAAGGAUGACGAGCCCCAUCAUCAAAGGCAAUCAUUUUAUGCUUUAUUCGAUGGCCAUAGCGGCGUUCGGGCUGCGACCUUUUCCAACCAACGAUUGGUACCUUAUUUGACCUCGCAUGAAGCCUUUAUGUCGGAUACACGACUGGCUUUUGAGGAGUGUUUUGCUCAGAUCGACAAGGAAUUUCUACAAAAAGCUGAAGAAGAGAGUCUGGAUGAUGGCACUACCGCAGCGGUGGUGCUGAUUCGGGGCAACCGGUUGAUCACGGCGAAUAUUGGAGACUGCAGGGCAGUUGUGAGUAUCGGUGGCCAGGCGCUGGAUAUUAUUGAAGAGCAGACACCUGGACGUCCAGACGAGCGAGAGCGGAUCGAGAAGCAGGGAGGUUGGGUGAAAGAAGAGCGUGAACUGCAGUUAUCCAAGCUGCACUCGAUGGAUUUGAGUGACCCGGAGAUCCAACAGCGUGCUGAGCGAGUGGUCAAGUGGGUGACGAUUUACCGAGUGAACGGCGAGCUGGCUGUCUCUCGCGCUAUUGGCGAUAUUGACUAUAAGGGUGAGGCGCUGUCCAAGUAUGAGUACUGGGCCUUUCCUGAGGGACACGACAGAGUGUUUCAUGGUGAUUUGGUCAUCUCAGUACCGGAAUGUCAGGAAAUCGAGAUCACUCCGGAGUUUGACUUCCUCAUUCUCGCAUGUGACGGACUGUGGGACACGAUUAAGAGCAAGGAAGCUGUGAAGUACGUCGCUGACAGGCUAAAUGAAGGUUACUCUGCUAAGGUACGAGGGUUAUUUCAAUGGGAUAUGCUUACCUUGAUGCAACUCUAAGCCGUUUGUCGUCUUUGGUGACUGCAGCAAGCCAGCCAGUCUUUGGCAAACUUGGCCAUUCGGUCGGGUUCGUCCGAUAAUGUGUCCGUCGUUAUUGUACUGCUCAACACGGAGCAGAUGUCCAGCUCAAUAGAUGCGUUCUCAAGGCAGUAAGGAGCCUGAUCCACACACCAAGUCACACAAGCUACACCAGAUAAAACUGAUAAGUGUGCAUAUAUACGUUUUCGUGUUUCCCUCCAUCCUGUGCUCAGUGUAUUAAGCAAACUUCCUUAUUUGUCGACGGCUGCAACAAGAUCUGUACAUACGUAGUAUAUGACAGAUAAGGAUCAGUCAUACCUUCACGUCAUAGCAAACACAUAAGUAUCAUACCUUGCACAAUUUUGCCGAAAGCUGGGGCCGCGACAGAGUCCGGGUAUUCCUCUAGGAACGACACACCUUCUUCGCAUGCACCCGUCAUCUUGUUGUCCAGUGGCAAGCGACCAAGGAACGGCACGUUAAACUUCUUGGCCAUAGCCUCACCGCCACCAGUGGACGCAGGGAACACUUCCAUCUGCACUGAGUGCGUCAACAGCUCCGGAGCUUUCUCUUGCAGUAGCUACAUACAAUUCAGAGUUAGUACAGCAUAUGACCUACAUUCCCACUGUUCAUC